ACUCGUUUUUCCUUAUUUUUAUUUUCUAAUUUUUCCUUUUAUAGUUUCUUUCUUUCUUUCUUUCUUUUUUGAUAUAUUCCUUUUGUAGUUUUAUGAAACUGUAGUAUAUUUAUAAUUUAUAAAUAAAAUAUUCAACUACCUCUUCCAUUUGUCUUUAUACUAUAAAUAAUACUAAUAUAUUGAGUUACCUUACCUACAAGCCUUUCAUAUAUAUAUAUUCAUAAUAAAUGUGUGUCAUCUUGCUCUAACUAUAAUCCUCUCUCUUUACACUUUGCUUAUUGCUUUUUCUCUUCCUCUAUUUAUUUCAUUCUUUCUCAAACACCUACGUCCAAACCAUUUUUUUGUUGCUUUGUUUUUUUCUCUCCUCAACAUGAAGCUCAUGAUGAAUCAACCAUCACAAUUACUUGCUUUGUUGAGUUUUUGCUCAAUUUUUUCCCUUGUUGUUUCGGAAGACCCUUAUAGAUUCUUUGAUUGGAACAUUACUUAUGGUGACAUUUAUCCACUUGGAGUUAAACAACAGGGGAUUCUUAUCAAUGGUCAAUUUCCAGGACCUGAAAUUUAUUCUGUAACCAAUGAUAAUUUGAUCAUCAAUGUACACAAUAACUUGCCUGACCCAUUUCUUCUAUCAUGGAAUGGUGUUCAACAGAGGAGAAAUUCUUAUCAAGAUGGAGUUUAUGGAACCACAUGUCCUAUUCCUCCUGGCAAGAAUUUCACAUACACACUUCAAGUUAAAGAUCAAAUUGGAAGCUUCUUCUAUUUUCCAUCUCUUGCUUUCCACAAAGCAGCUGGUGGUUUUGGAUCCAUCAAAAUCCUUAGUAGACCAUUGAUUCCUGUUCCUUUCCCUGACCCUGCUGAUGAUUACACAUUUCUCAUUGGUGAUUGGUACAAUAUUGAGCACACGAGGCUGAGUAAAAUUCUAGAUUUUGGACACAAACUUCCAUUCCCUCAAGCAGUUCUUAUCAAUGGUCGUGCACAAGGUUCAGCAUUCACAGUUGAACAAGGGAAAACAUAUAGACUUAGAAUAUCAAAUGUUGGACUACAAAACACACUCAACUUUAGGAUUCAAGACCAUAUAAUGAAAUUGGUUGAAGUUGAAGGAACUCACACUGUACAAACAUCUUAUUCAUCAAUAGAUGUUCAUGUUGGACAAUCUUAUUCUGUACUUAUCACAGCUGAUCAAGCACCUAAGGACUAUUACAUUGUUGCUUCUACUCGUUUUACUAAUAGGACCCUCACAAGCACUGCAUCACUUCACUAUAGUAACUCACAGCAACCUCUUUCUGGCCCUAUUCCUGGUGGACCAACCACUGAGAUUGAUUGGUCAUUCAACCAAGCUCGAUCAAUCAGGACAAAUCUUACAGCAAGUGGACCAAGGCCAAAUCCACAAGGUUCAUACCACUAUGGCAUGAUAAACAUUAGUAGAACAAUCAAUCUACGGAGUUUUGCAGCACAAGUGAAUGGAAAGCAAAGAUAUGCAGUCAACAGUGUAUCUUUCAUACCAGCUGACACUCCUCUGAAGCUAGCUGAUCACUUUAAGAUUGACGGUGUUUUUCAAGUCGGAAGCAUCCCAGAUAGCCCUUCUGGUAAACCGAUGUAUCUUGAUACUUCAGUCAUGGGUGCUGAUUUUCGAGCCUUCGUUGAGAUCGUGUUUCAAAACCGUGAAAGUAUCGUCCAAAGUUGGCACAUUGACGGUUACUCAUUUUGGGUUGUCGGGAUGGAUGGUGGUACGUGGACACCUAAUAGUCGUAACCAAUACAACCUCAGAGAUGCUGUGUCUAGGAGCACAACACAGGUAUAUCCUAAGUCAUGGACUGCAAUUUAUAUGGCACUAGACAAUGUGGGUAUGUGGAAUAUUAGGAGUGAAUUUUGGUCACGACAAUAUCUUGGACAACAAUUCUAUCUAAGAGUAUAUUCAGAUGCUGGAUCCAUUAGAGAUGAAUAUCCAAUUCCUAAGAAUGCUCUUCUUUGUGGCAAAGCUGUGGGCAGAGAAACAAGACCAUUAUAAAAAUGAUGUUUGAAAUCUACAACAACGUACACCAUCACAUAAUGUCAACCCAACAACUUAGCGAUAUAUUGUAGGGACUAUAACUUGGUCCCAUUCUUUGCAAAUUCAUCUGUAAUUUUAUUGUUUUGCUAGUACUACAUAUUCAUCAUCACAAUGUGAUAAUAAGUUAGUUCACCCUAUUGUUUUAUUUUUUCUACAUUAAAUAAUUUUUCCUGAUGUAUCAGCAAGCAUGUUGCUGUUUUACAAGAAUGAAAUGAAGUAAAUUAGUUCGAUCUGAA